AUGAACACAACCCUUCUUAACUAUGACCCUCUUGAAGACACGCGAUCUGAUCACGAUGAGGAGAAGGAAGUGAUGAAUGAUGAUGUGGAAAGAGAGCAGCACUCGGAGGACAUCGACAGCGAAGUCAACGACGACGAUCCUCUCGAUGAUGACUUUGAUACCGCUAAUGAUGUGAUUGAGGACGAUGAGAAUGGAGUGUGCGAGCGCGGACAGAGCAUCGUGGUCUUAAAGUGCUCGCGGAAGCCCAACGCGUUGAAAGCCGACGAGGGCAGAAAUGACCACCAUAAGAGUAUUACGUUGCAGAGGAUUUGA